AAAUAAUAUAGAUAUUAUGUUUGAUGAUAUCUCUCGUAAUUAAGGAUUAUACAAGAUGCUUUUUUUAAUCAUAGGUUUGGUGUUGAUAUCAUUUUGCUUCUUUUUUGAUGCAGCCGAGUUUGAUUUACAAUCAGAUAAGUUCCAGACUUUUUUAACAUUUUCAGCAAAAUAACAUACAAUAGGAGAUUAUGGUGAUUGUUAUACAAAAAUUCCUGAUUUAUUUGAUGAUUCAUUAGUCAAUACUGUUAAAGCUACUCCUUUUUUAGGAGGAUUUGCAUUAGGAUUUGGUGGAUUAAUUAUUUUAUUUUCAUUAGGAUAAACUCUUAUAAGUAGAGUUAUUAAAAAAUAUCAUAUUUGGAUCAUCUAAUUGAUAUGUUUAUUCCUUGAAUGGGUAUUGAUUUUGUUAAUUCCAAUCUUGUAUUUCACCACAAAAACAGAUAAAUGGAAAUUAUGUUGGUUUCCAAUAAUAUUUGAAUUUCUUGCAUUGAUUUCAACUACUUUUGCAGCGGUGCUUUAUUUCAAAAGUAAUUAAAGCAAAGGAACACAAUUAUUAUCAUGAAAAAAUUAUCAAUAC